GAAUCAGCUGAAAACGCUCCUGGCUGGGGCAAGUACCACCUCAAGAUAAGUACUUUAACACUGUAAAACAACAGUUCACUUAAUUUUUGCCUGCUAAAGUCAAAAUAUCUGAAGGGAAAUACGGAAUGUACUGUCAACGAACUCGUUUAUAAAAUAUGGGGUUUUAACGUAGCUAUCUCCUGUAUUUGUGUGGAAGCAGAGCGACGGUGUGGCGGUAGAAGAAGUUCAUAUUUGACUGGAGGAGCUGUUGAAUUAAACUUUUACUGUAUGCCGAGUUGACUACUGGACUCUUCCAAGUGUUGACAUUUUACGUCUUUGCCUCUCAAGUCAGAGGAAGCUUAUCCACUCCACUCAAAAAAAUGCCAUCCAACAAAUCAGUGUCCGAUGCUCGCAUCACUCAGUUCAUCAACUGCAGGAUAUUGAGAGACCACUGUCUGCAGAGAGAGGACCUGUGGGUGCGUGACGGAAAGAUUUUAGAUCCAGAGAAACUUUUCUUCGAUGAGCACGGUUACGCCGACAAGUGUGUGGACUGUGAAGGCAGCAUCAUCGCCCCGGGCUUUAUAGACGUUCAGAUCAAUGGAGGAUACGGGAUCGAUUUCUCUCAGGCCUGCGACGAUGCCGGCAGUGGAGUUUCUUUAGUGGCCAAAAAGAUCCUGGAGCAUGGCGUGACGUCCUUCUGCCCCACGCUGGUCACAUCACCCCCCCACGUCUACCACAAGGUUUUGCCUCAGGUCAAAGUUCACGAUGGAGGAGCGCAUGGAGCUGGAGUUCUUGGAUUUCACCUGGAGGGCCCGUUCAUCAGCCUGGAGAAGAAAGGAGCUCACCCGGAGCAGUUUCUCAGGACCUUCAGUAGCGGCGGGCUCAGGGACCUGAUGGAAACCUACGGCGGCCUGGACAGCGUUGCCAUGGUGACAUUGGCUCCGGAGCUGGACGGCAGCCAAUCGGUGAUCAGGGAUCUCUGCCAGAAGGGAAUCACGGUGUCGUUAGGUCACUCUGUGGCCAACAUGUCUCAGGCGGAGGAGGCCGUUCAACACGGAGCCUCCUUCAUCACCCACCUCUUCAAUGCCAUGCUGCCUGUGAGUCCAACAAAUGACAAGUCAUUAUUUAAAGAUAGUUUCUUGAUAAAAUAACUUACAGUAUCUUUUUUUACAUCACAGUGGGGCGACUUUCCCUUUGUUUAUGCUUUACUGUACUUUGUGAAGGUGUCACUUCGGACUUU